AUGUUAUCCAACCAUGAUAAUCUGCAGACCCUCAUCGCCACGAAAGACUGGAUUGGCUUCGACCUAGACGACACCCUCCACGAGUAUCGAGUAGCCUCCCAGGCCGCUUUGGCACGAGUAUUCAGUGCACUCCACAGCGAUUAUCAGAUUGCUCUACCGGAUCUGGCCUCGUCAUAUCGCCGCAUCCUUUCCCAGACGACAGCAGGAGCGUUCGCCGACGGCAAGACAUCUAGCGAUUAUCGCCGCGAGAGAUUUACCGCUUUGAUGCACUCGCACGGCGUCGCGCUUUCCGAAGACGACAGUGUACACCUUCUAGCCCUAUACAAGAGCUCUCUCGCCGCAUCACUUGUGUUAAAACCCGGUGCCCUAGACCUGGUGCAGAAGCUCAAGACGCUGGGGAAGAAGAUCAUCGUCGUAACGGAGGGGCCUCGGGACGCUCAGGCGUGGACGCUUCAGCAGCUGGGAUUGAGCGGAGCCAUGGCGAAAUCCCCCAACCCCGUGAAACAAUUCUCCAAUUUCACGCGCACCAGCGCAGGGCUCGAGAAAACCCUCCGGCUCCUGCAAGCCGCGGCUCAGAUCGCGACCGAGACCACCGUGGACCAAGUGUCUGCGCUACGAUGUGGACAAGCCCGGUCUCAAUUCGCAUUGACGCGACGUUUCUUCCGCUUCUUCAACUUCAUCGACUGCUUUGAGCGGGUGUUCGGUCUGCUAGGGGGCAACUCUUCCGACGGCUUUCUUCUGCUGGCCAUUGAACUGGUUCGAUGGAGUUGUCUGGGAUUGUACUUUCUCCUUGAGGAUCUGACUAUUCUGCACGCCAUGAACAUCUACCCGGUACCCUGGAACAAGCCGGUCCUGGUGGAAGCGUACAAGUUCUGGUUCUAUGCGCUUUCUUUGUCCAUUGUGAGCUCUUUGUGGCGGCUUGUAUUCAGCACGGAACAGCCCGCGACAACAAAGCAGAGUAAGGGGGAGAAAGCGAAAGCCGCCACGAAGCAGGCUUCGGCCGUGAAAGAACAAAGAAAUGCCCUCAUCAAGCGCAUUGUGAUUGAUGGGUGUGAUCUGUUGAUUCCUGGAACUUUUGUCGGGUGGAUUGAGGCCAGCGAUUUGACGGUCGCGAUUGGGAUGGUGGUGAGCACGUUGGUGUCUGGGAGGGAUGUUUGGGUAAAUGCUCAGUCAUUCAACUAUAAAUACAGCAUAUAUCCCAGUCAAUUCACUCUCAUCACUCUCACACCAGCCAACUACUAUCCCAACUACACCAGCAAGAUGCCCCUAGUCCGCGCCAACCUCCCCUGGAUGAUGCAAUUCUCAUCCAAUGCUGAAGACCUCGGAGAAGACCAUCCAGAGGAUACAACCGAAGAUGCCGAGACAUCGUUCCUUUACAUCCCACAUAGUAAACGCGCUGCAAUGGCCGCACGCUCCAGCUCAGCUGGACGCUGGCCUAAUAAAGUCUUGGAUGAUGAGGACCAGGAGACCCAGCAGUCCGACGACACGGAAACUCGCUUCGCCUACGUUGAGUUCAAGACAGGGAGGUACGAGGAGAAGCCUGAUAUCUUGCGCACUGCGAUCUCAGCAGUGCGGCGGUAUUCGUUCAAGAUCUAUCCUUCGCGUGUCACCUUGGACCCCCGGAAAGGUAUCAUUCUCAAGGUGCAGAUUGAGCGGGGUUUGGACACUCAGGGCAUUUGGAAUGCGGUUCGGGGUGCUGCUAUUACUCGGUUGAACAGUCUUCUUAAUCAGUCGUUCUAUGCGUUUUUCACCAUCCUACUACAGCCCUAUCGAAUUCGACAAUAUAUGCACUUUCGUAGUUUUUGGAUUCUAAAGCGCCAACGUACUCCCUUCCUGUAUCAUAAUCUUGAUACCAGUCGCAUCCCCCAGAGCUGCUCCGAAAAGUUCAUGGCACUAACUGCCGAUCACACUGCUGCUGACGACACCGACGCGAUGCUGCCGAUCCCUAUCACGCCAGCGCAACCAGCGCAGAAAAAAACAAACUUCACACGCACGCUGGUCGUCGCGCGCACCCACGACGCCGACACCUCCUGGGUGGACGCCGUCGCCGCCGAAGACUCCCUGCUCGAGCCGGUAGUCUACACAGUCGACAUCGACACUACAAACGCAACGACCCCCACGGUCCCCCAAAACAAAGGCCACGAGGUAAUGGUCUACCUAACCUACAUAAUCGAGCACUACUUCACGCUGCGCGACAUCACGCUCUUCAUGCACGCCGACCGGCUCACCUGGCACAACAACGAGCUGCUGGACCUGGACUCGGCGCGCAUGGUGCGCCGCCUGCGCAGCGAGUACGUCGCCGACCGCGGCUACGCCAACCUGCGCUGCCAACACGACCCCGGCUGUCCGGCGCAUGUCCAUCUCGACCCUACCGCUGCAGUCGCCGACGGGAGCGUGCCGGAAGCAGCGGUGCUGGGGGAUGCGUGGAGGGCGCUGUUCCCCGAGGACGCGGUGCCGCGCGUGCUGGCGCAGCCGUGCUGCAGCCAGUUUGCGGUGAGCGCGGAGACGGUGCGGCGCGUGCCGCUGCUGGACUAUGUGGCGUACCGGCGGUGGCUGCUGGAGACGGAGCUGGACGAUCUGUUGUCUGGGCGGGUGUGGGAGUAUCUGUGGCAGUGGGUGUUUAUGGGGCGGACGCAGGAGUGUCCGGAUGAGCGGAUGUGCUACUGCGCGGGGUAUGGGGUUUGUUUGGGGGAGGGGGAGUAUGCGGAGUUUUUCCGGGCGCAAGAUGAAGCCCGCAGGCUGGAGGGGGAGAUGCAGGAUGGAGAUGUUGAAUCCGUCCGCAUGCAGGUGGAUGCGUUGCAUCGCCGGAUGGAUGAGAUCAAAUCCAUGGCUUGGGGGGUGGAAGAUGAUACUAGCCAGCAGGGUACAUAG